CCCCCUCGGAGAGCUCCGUUUGUGCGCCCGGGGAAUACAAAGGCGGCGCGGGUUCAUAAGUGCGCUGAGCGGGCAGCGCUGCAGCAUGACCCAGUCGGUGAUCGUACAGGUCGGCCAGUGCGGAAACCAGAUCGGCUGUUGCUUCUGGGACCUGGCGCUGAGGGAGCACGCCGCGGUCAACCAGAAAGGAAUUUAUGAUGAGGCAAUAAGCAGCUUCUUUAGAAAUGUGGAUACCAGAGUGGUCGGUGAUGGUGGCAGUAUUUCCAAGGGGAAAAUUUGUUCUUUAAAAGCACGAGCUGUCUUGAUUGACAUGGAGGAAGGAGUAGUAAAUGAAAUUCUGCAGGGACCAUUGAGAGAUGUAUUUGACAGCAAGCAGCUCAUCACUGAUAUUUCUGGUUCGGGGAAUAAUUGGGCUGUGGGUCACAAAGUUUUUGGCAGUCGUUAUCAAGAAGAGAUUUUAGAGAAACUUAGAAAGUCGGCGGAGCACUGUGAUUGUUUGCAGUGUUUUUUUGUAAUACAUUCCAUGGGAGGAGGAACAGGAUCUGGACUUGGCACAUAUCUUUUAAAGGUGCUUGAGGAUGAAUUCCCAGAAGUAUACAGAUUUGUGACUUCAGUUUAUCCUUCUGGUGAGGAUGAUGUCAUAACCUCACCUUAUAAUAGUAUCUUGGCAAUGAAGGAACUUAAUGAGCAUGCAGACUGUGUGUUGCCCAUUGACAACCAAUCUUUAUUUGACAUCAUUAGCAAAAUUGACCUCGUGGUGAAUUCUGGAAAGUUGGGUACAACUAUAAAGCCAAAGAGUCUGGUUACUUCAAGUGCUGGGACUUUUAAAAAGUGGCAAGAGAAGCCUUUUGAUGCAAUGAACAACAUUGUGGCAAAUCUGCUGCUCAGCCUAACAAGCUCUGCGAGAUUUGAAGGGUCCCUUAAUAUGGACCUUAAUGAAAUCAGCAUGAAUUUAGUUCCUUUUCCUCAACUGCAUUAUCUUGUGUCAAGUUUAACACCCCUAUAUACACUGGCAGAUGUUAACGUUCCUCCUCGAAGGUUGGAUCAGAUGUUUUCAGAUGCCUUUAGUAAAGAUCACCAGCUAAUUCGGGCUGACCCCAAACACAGUCUCUACCUUGCCUGUGCCCUCAUGGUUAGAGGAAAUGUACAGAUCUCAGAUCUUCGCAGAAAUAUUGAAAGGUUUGAUUGUGUAUUUUUCAAGAUAAUUUAUGUGUACUGCUUGCGACAGUGUAGCAGAGUAUUAAGACGGCCUCUCUGCAAGUUCUAGCAUUGCCACUUAACUAAAGUGUGACCUUGAGCAAGCUGCUUAGCCUCUCUGAGCCUUAUUUUCCUCAAAUGUAAAAUAAGAAUAAUC